AUGAAACCAAAAAAUGGCACCAUCUAUGGUUCACGCCGAUUAAGCGAUUCAACAAUUACGACAUGUAAUAUUAUGGAGUUUGAUCCAUUUGAUGAUCGACGUGAACGAGCUUUCAAGUGUAUUAUAUCCGUCGCAAGUACUAUUAGUAUAUUCAGCUUACUCAUAUUAUGUCUGGUUGCACCAUCUGCUUAUAAUUUUGUCGACAAUAUUGGAACAUUCACUAGACAAGAUUUUGCAUACUGUGAAAGUGCAGCAGCUGAUCUUGAAGAAGAGCUCUCGAUGGUACGAAUGUCAAAUCGUAAUCGAACAAGGAGAGAAAUGCCACAGUACAGCAGUUUUAAUCCAACAAUGCUUGCUACAGAACGUGUUAUCUUUCAGGAAUGUCCUGCAUGUUGUAUGCCUGGUGAACGAGGAGCACCAGGAGAUGUUGGUCUUCCAGGACUUCCAGGAAGUCCUGGGCCAGAUGGCGCACCAGGUAGGCCUGGUGUAACUCCAAAUGCUUCUUGUAUUCCGGAACGUAUAUUCGAGCCACCACCAUGCCUUCCUUGUCCACAAGGACCAAGAGGUGUACCAGGGCAUCCUGGUUUCCCAGGUGAUCCAGGGGACCCAGGUAUACCAGGAAAACCUGGUGCUGAUGGAUUGCGUGGAAAGCCUGGUGAAGAUGGACCGCCAGGUCCAAUUGGUCCAACUGGUCUUCCAGGACCACCGGGUGACAAAGGCUUUACUCCUCAUGCUCAUGUGAUUCCUGGACCUCCAGGAGAUCCAGGUGAUCCUGGACCUUGGGGACCACCAGGAUAUCCAGGAUCAAAUGGUGAGGAUGGCUAUAGUGGUCCACCUGGAGAAAAAGGUUGGCCAGGACCACCAGGUGCUCCAGGUGCAGUUGGAUUACCUGGAGCACCAGGACCUCAAGGAGAACCAGGACCAUCAGGUACACCUGGUACUUGUGUAUGUCAAGAUACAGAAAUAGUAAUUGCGGAUAUUUCACAUCAGCAACAAAAAAAUUCAGAACCAUUAUUAAGAGCAUCAUCAUCAGAACAAAAACAAGUUAACGAAGAAAUGCUAAAACAAAGUGAACGUAAAUUGGAACCUCCCAAAUUUGAACAAGCACAAUUAACUGGACUGACAACAGAUGGAAAAAUGAAGCAAUGGCAGCUAUUAUCAAGCAAAUUACAUUCAAGCAAAAUUUCACAGCAACAACAAUUAUUAGAUAGUGAUGCAAAUCUUCAGAUUCCUUCUGCUUUUACUUCUACUUCUGCUUCUGCUCCUGCUUCUGCUUCUGCUCCUGCUUCUGUUACUGAUUCAACCAUUUAUCAAGAAUAA